AUGAAGGUAUUCAUUGCAUUUGCAGGCACAACGUAUUGCUUCGCUGUGUGGUACGGUGAUGUCGAUCCAGUUUUCCCGUAUAUUUCAGCGUCAGGUGAUCGACGACCUGUUUCUUGCUUUUUCAGUAUGAUGGUGAAUCUUUGCUCUGCUUUAUCUAUGCUUAUUAUCUAUUUACGUUAUUUAUUGAUCGUUGAAUUGAAUCGCGAUGUCGAUUUAUUAUUGAAAAGGUCCAAUAUCUUGGCUCUUUUUGUUGGCCUUCUUGGUGCUUUUGGCAUGUUUAUGGUUGCGAAUUUUCAAGAAUCAGCUGUGGUCGUUGUUCACAUAGUGUCUGCAUUUAUUUGUUUCGGUUUUGGCUGUAUUUAUAUGGUUUUGCAUUCGUAUAUUACGAUACGUAUGUAUCCUUUAUACACUAAUCGUCCAAUCGGCUUUAUUAGGUCUUCAAUAGCUACGAUGGCGGUGGCGUGCUUCAUUACUACAGUAUGUUUUGGCGUAAUGGCAGCAAAUGAAUUUCAUAGAUUUUUCCCUGAUUUACCUACUCCUCGUCCAUGGUCUGAAAAACUGCAUCAACCGGGUUAUGAACUUCACUGCAUAUCUGCUGUUGCCGAAUGGUCAUUGGCAUUUCGAAGAAGUUUCAGUUAUUCUCGUGAUUUCGAGAAGAUUCACGUCGAACUUGACUUGCGCACAUUAGUUUCACAUCUUGAUGAAAGUCCAUUAAAUCUUUCAUAUGCGAAUAUUGGUACGUUGUAUUAA